GCUCUUCUGGCGAGUGGCGUUCGCGUUCGCAUCUCAGUAGGCAGACGGAGAAUCGGACGACCUCUCGAACCCGCGUCCGAACUGCCGAUCCCGGGCAAAAAGCGAAGCAGUCGCAUCUGGAGCUGGGAUUCGGACUCCUUGUAAAGAAGAUGAUGUGUCAGGGCAGAGCGGCACCGCUUGUUCCUCCGGCUCGCAAGUGUUCGUCCUUGAAGUGGGGAGCGGGACUCGUCGCUUUGUCUCUCACGGUGACGACCACACAGAUGCAGUGGGUCUCCUACACUCAAGCCACCACGCUGGCCCUGGGCCUCUCCUUGGGGAUGGUCCUCAGUGGCCUCUGCCUGAUCGCGGAAGAGUACUUCUAUCGUAAGAGGUACCACAUCAAGGUUCCCAUGGAGGUGAAUUCCUUCCUUUGCAAGGCCCCCAUGAGCGCCGCCAUAAUGUUCCUCAUGGCGAUCACCGGAGGCGUUCGACUGAAGCCGGAAGACUGGCUCUCCGUGGUAGUCGUGUGCAGCAUCUUCAUCAUCCUGAAGUCCUUGGGCAUACUGGGUCCCACUCCAGUGGAAGUUUCCUGGAUCUGCGAGCAGCGCAAGACGGAUGUGGCCUGUGGACUGGCCUGGUCUUUCUACACGGGAUACCUGAAGCUGGUGCUUCCAAGACUCAGGGCCACCAUUGAGGAGUACCGAGCUCAGCACAGAAGCAACAUCCUGCCUCAAAGGGAUUUCUGGAAAGUCAACAUCCUCGUGCCGCUGAGCGCCUCCGUCUUCAACCAGCUGGAGGACAUGGAUCAGCGCAUCCGGUUCUAUGAGAACCUCCCAGAAACAGUGAUCGACAGGGCGGGAAUCAGGAGCCGGGUUUACAAGCACAGUGUGCACGCUGUGUACGACGACCAGAAGCGGCCCCACUACUGUGUAGUGGAGUACGCAACCCCCCUGGACACUCUACACCAGAUGUCGCACGACAGCAGGGUGGGGUUUGGAGUGAAUGAGCGCCGCCAGCAAGUCCUGCUCUUCUACCGGACCCUGAAGGAAAUCCUGGACAAUUCCCCAGAGUGCCGGAACCGCUACCAGCUCAUUCUGCUGGAUGACGACUGCGACGCAGAGGCCGACCCUCACUUCCUGUCCAAGGAGAUACUGAAAUACGUGCAGCAGCCCCAGGGAGAAGUGCUCAACGGAGCCGUCGUCCGAGAGGGCCUUCAUCGGAGGGAGGUCGGCCUCCCCAGAAACGCCACACCUCCGCAAGACUUCUUGUCCAGGCUUCCAACGCUCAUGAUCAGCAACGACGCUCCCCAGACUCUCAGGGACCCAGUGGAGGACACUUACAUACAUCCGACCCAGUGUUGCCGGUAG